ACCAUGGAUCUGGUCACAGUUCUUCUCUCCAUUAUUGUCAUCCUAUUUUUUGUCAAAGUUUUCAAGAGUCAAAAACAACAAAAUUACAAAAAUUUCCCACCUGGUCCAACGCCUUUACCGAUCAUUGGAAACAUCCAUAUCAUGGACAUACGGAAACCCCAUAAAACAUUUAUGCAGUUGGCUGAGAAGUAUGGCACAAUUUUUAGUAUCCAGCUAGGAAUGUCAAAAUCAAUCAUUCUAUGUGGUUACGAGACUAUCAAAGAUGCUCUAGUCAACCAUGCUGAAUUAUUUGUGGAAAGACCACAUAUACCGUUGUUUACAGACAUAAUGAAAGGCCAAGGUAUUGUCUUUGCCACUGGAGAGAACUGGAAAGUGAUGAGAAGAUUUACACUCUCAAACUUACGAGGCUAUGGAAUGGGAAAGAAAACCAUAGAAGACAGGAUCAUUGAAGAAACUGAAUGCUUAAUCCAGAAGCUAAGAUCAUAUAAAGAAAAGCCCUUUGAUAAUGCAACAAGUAUAAAUGCUGCCGUAACCAACAUAACUGUGUCUUUACUGCUCAGUAAAAGAUUUGAUUAUGAGGAUCCGACCUUACUACGGCUUAUGGGUUUAGUCAAUGACAUUGUACAACUUCUAAGCAGUCCCUGGGUCAUUCUGUACAAUUGUUAUCCAUUUCUGGCAAAAUGUCUACCCGGAGCUCACAAUAAAAUUUUUCAAAAUGUUAAAGAGUAUCAUGACUUUAUAAGAUGGACAUUUACAAAACAGAGGGAAGAGCUUGACGUGAAUGACCAAAGGAACCUCAUUGAUGCCUUCUUAACCAAGCAACAAGAGGAUAAAGCAGAAUUCUUGAAGUACUUCCACAAUGAGAAUCUGACUGCUCUGGUGGCGGAUUUGUUUGGGGCUGGAAUGGAGACCACAUCAACCACAUUAAGAUGGGCUAUUCUUCUCAUGAUGAAAUAUCCAGAAAUUCAACAAAAAGUGCAAAAUGAAAUUGAACGUGUGAUUGGAUCGGCCCAACCUCAAAUGGAGCAUAGGAAACAAAUGCCAUAUACAGACGCCGUCAUUCAUGAAAUUAUUCGGUUUGGGGAUAUCGCACUUGUUACUUUUCCACAUUCAACAACUCAAGAUAUCACCUUUAGAGGCUACUUUAUUCCUAAGGGAGUAGCUAUAAUUAUGCUGCUGCAUUCAGCUCUCAGAGAUAAAGAUUACUUUGAAAAACCAGAUGAAUUUUAUCCAGAACAUUUUCUUAACUCUGAUGGAAACUUCAAGAAGAACGAGGCCUUCAUACCAUUCUCAAUAGGGAAAAGAAGUUGUGUUGGCGAGACCUUGGCUAAAAUGGAGAUAUUUAUUUUCUUUACGUCACUGUUGCAAAACUUCACAUUUCAACUACCACCUGGAGCUAAACUUGACCUUACUCCAGCUAUAGGGAUUACAAAUUCCCCUAAAUCUUAUGAAAUGUGUGCUGUACCUCGCUGA